AUGUCGCAGAAACGAAAAGCGGACCCGUCGCUGUCGUCUCCUCCCCCGAAGAAGCGCAAUACCGACCAGACGAAUUCCAUACAUUCGGCCUUUACAGCCGAUCUCUUCGACGAUGACACCGUUGCUUCUUACCGCCAGAGCUACAGCCAGUCUGGGCCGUAUCCACACGCUGUGGUCCCUAAGCUGAUCGAAGACGCCCUACUUCGCAAUGUGAGGACUGAGAUCAACGACCACAUCCAUUUCACACUCAAAGAAACGGAUAUAUACCGGAUACACCAAAGUGGCGAUCUAGCCAACCUGUCUGGACUAGACAGCGAGGCACUGAGACAUCUUCCGAGCCUUGUGCGACUCCGCGAUGCCCUCUACAGUCCAGACUUCCGAGAAUGGGUUAGCAAUGUCACUGGAGCAGGGCUGCUCUCUGGACAGAAAACGGACAUGGCGGUGAAUGUAUACACACCCGGCAGCUACCUCCUGUGUCACGAUGAUGUGAUCGGCAGUCGCCGCGUCAGUUACAUCUUGUAUCUGACAGAUCCGGACAAGCCAUGGCGUGCUGAGUGGGGCGGAGGUCUGAGAUUGUUUCCUACUGAGGUCAAGCAGAACAACAGCGGCGAAGACAUCAAAGUGCCCUUAGCGGAACACACUCUCAACAUUCCGCCCAGCUUUGGACAGCUCAGCUUCUUCACAGUCCUGCCCGGCGAGAGCUACCAUGACGUUGAGGAAGUCUAUCACCCUCCGCAUGGUCAGGAUAUUAAGGCGGAGGAUGGUGGCAGGAUACGCAUGGCUAUCAGCGGCUGGUAUCACAUCCCACAAGCCGGCGAAGAAGGCUACGAAGAAGGACUUGAACAAGCACAAGCCCAGAAAUCGAGCUUGACCCAGCUAAAGAGCGCGGCAAAUGAAUUAGACGAGCCGCGAAUAAUCUACAAGCACUACGACGAGGCUCGAAGCGUGGUCAACAGCAGCGCCACAGCAAUUGAAGUAGAUCCAGGCGACGACACUGACACCGAUAACGACAUCUUGACUGAGCAAGAUCUGACUUUCCUCCUUCGAUACCUCUCACCAAGCUUCCUGACACCAGGUGAGCUCGAAAAGUUCUCAGAAUUCUUCGCCGAGACAUCCAUCCUCGAGCUUGAGCGCUUCUUCUGUGAGGGCUUCGCCAACGAACUCAAAGCAUACGUCGAGAACGCCGAUCAAUCAGACUCGUCCUGGAAGAUCGCUCGACCACCUCACAAACACCGCUUCGCCUAUCUUCAAGCCGACGAGAUGCUUCACUCGGACAGCAGCCCUGUGGCCCGCAUCCUUACGGAUCUCAUCCACAGUCACGCCUUCAAGAAGUGGCUCGCUCUCGCAAUCGGCAUGAAGCCGGCCGCACUACUCCGCCAAGACGUGCAGGCGCGCCGCUUUCGGCGUGGGAAGGACUACGCUCUGGCCAGUACAUACACUGGUGAGCAGCCGCAGCUCGAGUUCACCAUCAGCAUGACCCCAUCGACUGGCUGGGAGCGAGACGACGAAGCGGAGGAGCCUCUGGCUGCAUCGACAAACGGAGCUAAGAACAACGGGAACCACACCUCGUCGUCAACUGAAGCCCAGGUUUCCACCUCUUCACUACCCGAGUACGGUGGCGAGGAAGUUUACAUGGCCGGCGAUGACGAUGAUGAUGAUGAUGAGAUGACCGCUGAAGCUCGAGAAGCCAACGCCAACAAGCCGUUACCUCAGGUUGGCCGGAAGUCCGUCGACCCAGCAGUCUACAAAUCGGCUGGAGAUGACGAAGCCGAUAGCAUCCUCUUCACGAAUGUACCAAGUUGGAACAAGUUCAGCAUCGUGCUACGCGACAAGGGCACACUAAGAUUCGUCAAGUACGUAAGCCAGGCCGCCAAGGGCGAUCGCUGGGACAUCAAAGGAAUGAUUGAGCUCGCGGACGACGCUUUUGACGACGAAGGUGGAGACAACGCUGCCGAAGAGGAUAACGAUAUGGACGAAAAUGAGGAGGAUGCUUAUGCUGGUGAUGAGGAUGGCGGUGAUUCAAAGGAGGACUAG